AACAAAUGAAUCGACCAGUCCCAACCAACAACAACAAUAAAAAUAGAAUUAAUCAAAGUUUAGUGACUUUGGUCAGUCGUCGAGACACUAAUUCAAAACUUUGGUGCUUCACGAAUAUUCUAUAUAUAACAGAAAAUUCAUUUAUAUGUAUAUUUAUGGUUACCUAAAAAAACUCGUGUAUUAUUCAUUUAUAUUUUAUACAAUUUUUUCUUUUAAAUUAAUUAAUGUUGUUGGAUUUAUGCAACGAUGUUAAUAUUUCUCGUUUUAAGUAAACUACUUCUACUUAACACUAUACGAAAAUGUUUAGUUGUAAGUUAGGUUAAGUCAUGAAAAAUUAGACCUCCCGAAAUCAACGAUUCUUAACUCGCCACGUCAUCAAUAAUAAGUUGAAACCAGUCACAUCAGAUUAUUACACCCAUCUCUCUUCAAAGUAUCAUCUUCAAAAACAAAAGUCUCUAUUUUUAUUUUUGGUUGACUCGGUCGGAUUUGGGAAGAAGAAGAUGAAGUGUUUUCACUUCACCAAUGGCGACAAGAGAGGAACAACAACAACAACAAUCGAUGAAGGAGGCGGAGGAGGAGGAGACAGUGUUGUUUCGAGAGCUUCGAGACUCUCAUGGGCUCGGUCUCUAAGCGUAGCAUCAUCCAGCACUUCAGACCCAACUCGGAGGUCUGAGUUUGACUCAGACUGGAGUCUCUCACCGGAACGAAUUGGUUUCCCUAAACCGUUGAGUCAACGUUGGAUCGGUGGACUUGUUGCUGAGAACGAUCUAAAGGUGUUUACUUUUAAAGAGCUGAAGUUGGCUACUAAAGGGUUUAAUAGAGGUCUUCUGAUCGGUGAAGGAGGGUUUGGUUGUGUUUAUAGAGGCGUUGUUGAUGUUUCAGACUCUAAUGGUUUUGAUUCGAAGAUUCAUGUUGCUGUUAAACAGCUUAAUCGUCAAGGUUUACAGGGGCAUAAAGAAUGGAUCAAUGAGGUGAAUUUCUUAGGUGUAGUGAAUCAUCCAAAUCUUGUGAAGUUAGUUGGUUAUUGUGCUGAUGAUGAUGAGAGAGGGAUGCAACGGCUUCUAGUUUAUGAACUUAUGUGCAACAAAAGCUUAGAGGAUCAUCUCGUAGGCCGAGUUGUGUCUGUAACGCUUCCGUGGAUGACGAGGUUGAAGAUUGCUCAGGAUGCUGCUCAAGGCUUGGCUUAUCUUCAUGAAGAAAUGGAUUUUCAGCUGAUAUUUCGAGAUUUCAAGUCUUCAAAUAUCUUGCUUGACGAGGGAUUUGGUGCUAAGCUCUCGGAUUUUGGAUUAGCUAGGCAAGGACCUCCUGAAGGACUUGGUCAUGUCUCAACUUCAGUUGUAGGUACAGUUGGUUACGCGGCUCCUGAGUAUGUACAAACUGGGAAACUGACGGCAAAGAGUGAUGUUUGGAGCUUUGGUGUAGUUUUGUAUGAACUGAUCACAGGAAGACGAGCAGUGGACAGAAAUCGACCUCGUGGGGAACAGAAGCUGCUUGAAUGGGUGAAACCUUAUGUGUCAGACUCAAAGAAGUUCCAUGUGAUUGUGGAUCCACGGCUCGAAGGCCAGUACUACUGUAUGAAGUCUGUUCAGAGAGUAGCUGCUUUAGCAAACAAAUGUCUAAUGAAGCAACCGAAAUCACGGCCUAGAAUGAGCGAAGUUGUUUCACUUCUUGGACGCAUCAUCGAUGAAGAAGCGGAAAACGCUCCUCCUCCAGUUGCUGAUGAAACAGAAGAGAUCAUCAAAGCUGAGGUAAAUGGAGAGAGUGAGCCUGAGCUGAAGAAGCAAGGGAGUUAUUAUCGUCAGAAGGUUCUUGAUCUCAGGGAUAAGAUGAACUUAAACAAGUCGCUUUCGAAGCUAGACUGGCGAAACUGGACACCAGGACUAGUCAGAACAUGGUAGAAAAUAGUGUCUUCACUGUAUAUAUAAACUUCUUAGCCAAAGAAUUGAACGUAACUAACACCAAAAAAGAUGCCACUCUUGUUUUUUACUAUCAAAUCAUUUUGAUGUGCA